ACUGAGCGCCCGGCCUCCUCACCCCACCCCACCGGGCUCCGGCCGCCCAGGCUCCGCCUCCGCGACGGGCCGUCGGGAGGAGGCGACCGGAAGCCACUUAAAGCAGAGAUCGAGGUGACAGGCGAGCUGGCUGGACUCGGAGCGCGGUCGAGGCUUUCUGCGUUCGCGGCGGCGGAAUGGCCCGUGCGCGGCUCACGGCGUCGCGGCUCUGUGGUCCCUAGACGCCGGCUCCCGCCCUCGGCGCUGACCUCUGGCGCGGACACUGCUUUCCACUCGGCUCCUGUCGUCCGUUCUCUCAGGCUCCCGUUCAGGAUUUUUAGACUCUGAGGAGCAGUUGGAGCUAAUCCACAUCAUGGAAAUGGAAACCACCGAACCUGAGCCAGACUGUGUAGUGCAGCCUCCCUCUCCUCCUGAUGACUUUUCAUGCCAAAUGAGACUCUCUGAGAAGAUCACUCCAUUGAAGACUUGUUUUAAGAAAAAGGAUCAGAAAAGAUUGGGAACUGGAACCCUGAGGUCUUUGAGGCCAAUAUUAAACACUCUUCUAGAAUCUGGCUCACUUGAUGGGGUUUUUAGAUCUAGGAACCAGAGUACAGAAGAGAACAGCUUACAUGAACCUAUGAUGAAGAAAGCCAUGGAAAUCAAUUCAUCAUGCCCACCAGCAGAAAAUAAUAUGUCUGUUCUGAUUCCUGAUAGGACAAAUGUUGGAGACCAGAUAGCAGAAGCCCAUCCUUCCACCGAAGCUCCGGAACAAGUGGUUCCAAUCCAAGAUCACAGCUUUCCAUCAGAAACCUUCAGUGGGACGGUGGCAGAUUCUACAACUGGUCACUUCCAGACUGAUCUCUUGCACCCAGUUUCAAGUGAUGUUCCUACUAGUCCUGACUGCUUAGACAAAGUCAUAGAUUAUGUUCCAGGCAUUUUCCAAGAAAACAGUUUUACAAUCCAAUACAUUUUGGACACCAGUGAUAAACUGAGUACUGAGCUCUUCCAGGACAAAAGUGAAGAGGCUUCCCUUGACCUCGUGUUUGAGCUGGUGAACCAAUUGCAGUACCACACUCACCAAGAGAACGGAAUUGAAAUUUGCAUGGACUUUCUGCAAGGCACUUGUAUUUAUGGCAGGGAUUGUUUGAAGCACCACACUGUCUUGCCAUAUCAUUGGCAGAUCAAAAGGACAACUACUCAAAAGUGGCAGAGUGUAUUCAAUGAUUCUCAGGAGCACUUGGAAAGAUUUUACUGUAACCCAGAAAAUGAUAGAAUGAGAAUGAAGUAUGGAGGACAAGAAUUUUGGGCAGAUUUGAAUGCCAUGAACGUGUAUGAAACAACAGAAUUUGACCAACUACGAAGGCUGUCCACACCACCCUCUAGCAAUGUCAACUCUAUUUACCACACAGUCUGGAAAUUCUUCUGUAGGGACCACUUUGGAUGGAGAGAGUAUCCCGAGUCUGUCAUUCGAUUGAUUGAAGAAGCCAACUCUCGGGGUCUGAAAGAGGUUCGAUUUAUGAUGUGGAAUAACCACUACAUCCUCCACAAUUCAUUCUUCAGAAGAGAGAUAAAAAGGAGACCCCUCUUCCGCUCCUGUUUUAUACUGCUUCCAUAUUUACAGACACUUGGUGGGGUUCCCACACAAGCUCCUCCACCUCUUGAAGCAACUUCAUCAUCACAAAUCAUCUGCCCAGAUGGGGUCACUUCAGCAAACUUUUACCCUGAAACUUGGGUUUAUAUGCAUCCAUCUCAGGACUUCAUCCAAGUGCCUGUUUCUGCAGAGGAUAAAAGUUAUCGGAUCAUUUACAAUCUUUUUCAUAAGACUGUGCCUGAGUUUAAAUACAGAAUUUUGCAGAUAUUGAGAGUCCAAAACCAGUUUCUUUGGGAGAAAUAUAAAAGGAAAAAGGAAUAUAUGAACAGGAAAAUGUUUGGCCGUGACAGGAUAAUAAAUGAGAGACAUUUAUUUCAUGGAACAUCCCAGGAUGUGGUAGAUGGAAUCUGCAAACACAACUUUGACCCUCGAGUCUGUGGAAAGCAUGCUACAAUGUUUGGACAAGGCAGUUAUUUUGCAAAGAAGGCAAGCUACUCUCAUAACUUUUCUAAGAAGUCCUCCAAAGGAGUCCACUUCAUGUUUCUGGCCAAAGUGCUGACGGGCAGAUACACAAUGGGCAGUCAUGGCAUGAGAAGGCCCCCGCCAGUCAAUCCUGGCAGUGUCACCAGUGACCUUUAUGACUCUUGUGUGGAUAAUUUCUUUGAGCCUCAGAUUUUUGUCAUUUUUAAUGAUGACCAGAGUUACCCUUAUUUUGUUAUCCAAUAUGAAGAAGUCAGUAACACUGUUUCCAUUUGAAAAAUCUUGGUACUGCUAAAUUAUUUGAUACGAACUCAAUCCAGCAUUUGUAGCAGGUUUUGAAUGGGUGGGACUGGGUGGGGAACAGCAUUGGACAUUAAUAGGGCACUUUUCAGACCCAUUUUUUAAAGUGCUAGAAAAUACUUUUUUUAAAAAAAAAAAACAAGUUUUAAAAUGACCACUUACUCUUUAAUUAUUUACUAAUUGUUAGUGUACUCAGUGUGAAAAAGACUACAGAUUACACACUCUUCAUUCACACUUGUACAUAUAGACAGCAAUGUUACUAGGAGCAUUAAAUUAAAAAACUGAACAGCCUAAUUUAAAUGUGGCUUGGGCCUGGUAGAAGUUUGACCAAAUGGAAUGGAGGCUGUGAGCAAUGUGAGGAUUCUAUUUAUUUAUUUACAUUUGAUAAAACUUACUGGAACUAGUACUACCAUGCAUAUUCCCUGUCCAAAGCAUCACCGCUUUGGUAUAGUAUAAGUUCAUGAAAUUCUGGUGGGUAGAAAGAAAUUUUUAUUUCUAUCAGCAGUACUAAAAUAUAUCAGCCAACCAGAGAACAUCAGUGACUGUAACUUCUGCAGAGUUUGCCCCAGAAUUCAGAGUUCUAUUUAGAGGAAGUUAAAACAACAACAACAAAAAACAACCAUUUGAAAAAUUUUUGUCACCAGCAAAACUUUUCACUAAUUAGUGAUAUGAAAUGUGAUUUUUGUGUUGUUAAACUUCAGCUUUGGAAAACUCAGUCUCUUUCAUUAUCAUCCAUUCCAAUUUGAAGGAGUUGGGCAGCUAAGUUGGUUAAAGGCAGUCUUGAGGGUUAGAAGUAUUACUUUCUUUUCGAGUUCCAGACCUAGCUUGCGACUGAAAGUUUUAGAAAAAGGAAGUACAUCUAUAGCCGAAUUGAUAAGGUUAUUAUUGUGUUUUGCACAAAGUAUAUUAGCAAAAGUAUUUGCUGGAAUUAUUGGUAGAUGGCAGUCCCACUCCUACACCUGCUUUGUCAGAUACAGCUGGGUUCCCUGGCUGACUCUGUACCUUACUUACACUACUUACUUAAUAGAAACACAAACUUGGAAAUUGUGCCGGUGGUCCAGCUGGAGCACAACAUUUGGUGAAUAUGCUGUUUCCUCAGUUCAGAGAGGUAGCAACUAGGUAAACUCCUUAUAAAAAGCAAAUACCUGGAUUUACAAAAGUGAAAGUAGUUGUUCACAAAAGAAUUCACCAUGGAAUUCUUUCAGUUACCAAGCUCUCCUGGUAUGUUUGUGGUUAUAUCAUUUACACAAAACUUUUCAGGAACUUAUGUGUUGUUUAAGCAAGAUGUAUCUAUACUGAUGUCUCAGUGAAUCAGUCUGUUUAUUAGGCACUUAUCAGGGCUUCCACACAGUUAUUUAUUUUGCCCUAGUUAAUCCUGUUGUUUGCUGCCGUAGGCAUGAAAUGGCCAAAUGUGGCUGUUACAGUUCUUUCAUUCAAUUAUAACUUGUAAACCGGUGACUCCUAAUCUUUUUCAAGUUAAGACACCUUACCAUUGCUUAUUUGGUUUUAUGAGACUUGUUCCUUUUUUUCUCCCUAAGGAAAAAGAAAGCUUUAUGACAUAUUUAUUUUUUUAAUAAAACUAAGCAAAAAUAAAACUUAUGGUAAUUCCUUAAAA